UUGCCAAGGAGAUACUAUACCGACCACCACCAGUAGUUUGUGCCGUUACUGAUAAUAGAGAACUGCGGGAGUGCUUGUAACUUGAUGCAGAAAUUACGUAUUCAGUCGUCAUCAUGGCAGCCUACGACAGCUACUGGUCGAUUUGGUUUGCAGUGAUGUGUAUGGUAACGAUAUUUGGAUUUCUGGCCUAUAUAACCUUGCUACUCGUAGUUUUGUCAACAGCGACUUUACGACAAUCUCCCUCCAAUUCUUUCAUAGUUGCGCUUUCCUCAACUGGAAUCUUGGCGACGUCAGUCGUCUUCCCUUGGGCCCUUGUUCUCUAUUUCAACCAUCGAUCGGAAUCGAAAAAAUGGUUGCCAAUAAGUUCAAAUUGUACGACUGUCGAUGUAGGCAUUCCGUGGGGGGGGUGUUCCACCUUGGGGGCAUUGCAUAAUUUUUCAAUUUACAACUCCGCUUGGUUGGUCUCUGCGAUAGCAAUUGAACGAUACGUGUCAAUCACCCGGCCAUUUUAUUCGGCUUCGGCUUUCAAAUAUGGAUUAUUGAGCACUGUCUUGACAGUGUGCAGCAUACUUUUAGCAUUAAUUCCAAACUUGUUGUCAUCCGACUUGACAUGUUCUUCACUCUACGCCCAUAGCUUUGGCGAACCUAUUUUUAACUGGAUUCAAUUUGGAAUAGUAUUUUUAAUCCCGAUCGUCAUUAUCGUGAUAAUGUAUGUUAACAUUUACCGUGUUGCACAGAAUGUACGCAGUACAAUACGUGCAAUACAACCAAACCCUUCUUCAAUUCCGUCGACGAAUGAGAGCUCAUCAAGAGUAUGGACAGUAAAUCCAGAAGUGCUGGUUUCUCAAACAGGUUCUGCCUCUGUUCCAAAUGGAAAACGUAAUAAAGCUAUUAGGACUUUGAUCCUAACAACCGGCACUUACAUUGUACUGUGGUCACCGUAUUGGUUAUUGAAAAUGGUCGUCGUUAUUCAACACGAAGACCUAUGUGACGCACUACUAUGGGGCGUAACAAACGAUGGCUGGAUGGUGGUGACAUGGCUGAUGUAUGUAUCAAUCAGCAUCAACCCAUUGCUCUACGGACUCUUGAAUCGUGCCAUUCGAUUGGAAAUCAAGCGAAAAUUGCAGAUGACGAGGCGCCUAUGGUCUUGCAACUGUGGGACAACAGAACCGGCAAAUAACGAAGAUGCCAGAGUUUGCGAACCAGAAAAUUUCUGGGAAUUCUUAGAACGCACUAACAGUCCUCUUCCUGGUUGAAGUAAAAUUUCGAAUUGAAGAAUUAGCACGAAUUUUAUGGUAUAAAUCGAUCGACUCAUGUAUUUUAUUUCAAACCUUUAAAUUU